AUGGAAUGUCUUUAUCAAUAUGCCAUUGAAUAUGGAGAGGAAAAUCCUGAGAAAUUUUCGAUCAUUACUGAGACCGAGAAAAAUAAGUGGGUCGGUAAAUGCUUUCGCAAUGUCUUGGAGAGAGAUAUGUCAUUUUAUCGUGAUGCAAUAGAGAGAAAGGAGGAUCCUAGGAAAUAUCAUAAAUUUCUAACAGAUCGUGAUAGGCUGAUCGGUGAAAAGUUAUUACGUCGUG